AUGUGGGAUGUCCCCCAACCUCAAGGCAUCCCCGACAUUGAUGCUUGUCCCAGGCUAGAACUCCAAGAUAACGUCUCAGACUUCACGGAUACGUUGAAAUCAAUAUACGAUUCAUUCCACUUUGACAACCUCCCUCCCAACGCCGACCUCACCACCCUCCUCACAUUUCUGUCUGGUAUCCUCCGAAUCACUACCAAAUACAACAUGCAACAACUCCGAAAUAAAUGCAUUGCCCUGCUCUGCCAAAAAUUCCCAAGCACCCUCUCCGGUUGUGACGCAGUCAUCGCGGAACAAUACCAAUACACCCCCUCUACCAUCGUCCGCCUGAUCCCCCUCGCUCGGGAGAACAACAUCCCAGAAGUCCUACCCUGGGCAUAUUACAUCUGCACCCAAAUGUCGAUCCCUGAUCUCCUGGCAAACCCGGUUUUAUCAUGGCAGGACAAAGCACUCUGUCUUGCGGGGAAAGAGCGGCUAAGGGAGGCGCGGAAGACGACCACGCACCCGUUCUUGCUUGACCUGACGCGCUCGUUACAGUGCUCGGGGGGCACGUGCGCUACGGGGUUGAGGAGGCCCACUGCGAACUGGCGUGAAUCGGAAGAUCAGAGAUCGUUGCCGCAUCCGAUUGUGCCGUACCGCGAUUGGACAGCGCUUGGUACGUGCACGAGAUGUACGGCGGUGUACGAGGCGCAACGUAGGGUGGAGAGGGAGAAAGUUUGA